CAGCUUGCAGGCCAGGUUAGGGCAGGAGUAUGGUAGAGAUGCUGCCAACUGUCGUUGUGCUGGUCUUGGCAAUGUCCGCGUUUGCCAGAAAUAACUACACGUGUGAGUGAGGUACAAAGACUGGAUGCCUCUUCUUGGUUUGAGCAGUGUCCUGGUCUCUCCUCAGUGGCCCCUGUGGGUUACGAUUCAGGCAGAAUCCACAAGCAGGUAUCCGGAUUGUUGGCGGGCAGAAUGCGCAGCGUGGGGCCUGGCCCUGGAUGGUCAGCCUACAGAUCUUCAUGCCCCAUAACAGCCGCAGGUACCACGCCUGUGGAGGCAGCCUACUGAACUCCCACUGGGUGCUUACAGCUGCUCACUGCUUCGAUAACAAAAAAAAAGUCUAUGACUGGAGACUGGUUUUUGGAGCACAGGAAAUUGAAUAUGGAAGAAACAAGCCAGUGAAAGAGCCUCUGCAGGAGAGAUACGUGCAGAAAAUUGUCAUCCAUGAAAAAUACAACAUUGUGACAGAGGGGAACGACAUUGCUCUCUUGAAGAUCACUCCUCCAGUUUCCUGUGGGGGCUACAUCGGGCCUGGCUGCCUACCUCAUUUUAAGGCUGGUCCUCCCAAAAUUCCCCAGACCUGCUACGUGACUGGGUGGGGAUACAUAAAAGACAAGGCCCCCAGGCCAUCACCUAUCCUGAUGGAGGCACGUGUGGAUCUCAUUGACCUCGACCUGUGUAACUCAACCCAGUGGUACAAUGGGCGUGUCACAACAACUAAUGUGUGUGCAGGGUAUCCUGAAGGCAAGAUUGACACCUGUCAGGGGGACAGUGGUGGGCCUCUCAUGUGCAGAGACAACGUCAACAGCCCCUUUGUGGUCGUGGGGAUCACGAGCUGGGGGGUAGGCUGUGCCCGUGCUAAGCGUCCUGGAGUCUACACAGCCACCUGGGACUACCUGGAUUGGAUUGCUUCCAAGAUCGGCCCUACCGCCCUGCACUUGAUUCAACCAGCCACCCCUCACCAGCCUACUACUACUCACCCACCGGUCACUUUCCACUCUUCUUCUUUUCGCCCUCCUUGGUAUUACGAGCAUAUGCCACCUCGGCCACGACCACCUCGGCCUCUGCUACAUCGACCAUCUUUAGGCCAAGGCCACUCAUCACUCAAACCCCUACCUCCACCCCCAACCCCAGCCCAUCCUGUAUCCUAUACUUACGGUACACAUGACACGAAAUACUACACGACACUUUCUUUUGCCCAGCGUGUACAGCAACUCAUAGAUAUCCUGAAGUUUAGGACUUACCCUAUGCAUGACUCCUCACGUUACAGUGGAUCAAUGAACUACCACCGAUACACCACUUUUGAUCCUUUUUCCAACAAACCCCAUGGGCGCCUCCAUUCCUGAGAAAAGAGAAAUGAAAUAAAUCAUAUAUUUGUAUAUAAA